AUGGCGGGGCAGCUCCGGCCCAUCUACGAGGGGAAGUUCACCGACAGGUUUCCCGAGCUGUCGGCCGCUGGAAAGUUGUUUCCCGCUGGCGAGACGGCUGGGAGUUGCCUCACUGAGGUGUUACCCAGGCCCAUUACUCCAACUACUGUGCGAAAGUUUCGAAAUACAACAAAUCCAGCUCCUGGUGUUGAAAGAAUAUUCUACGGCAGAGCAGAUGAUCCUGACAUUGCAGCUCACUUGACACAUGGCAAAGAGUCACGUUCUUCACUCAGUGCAGGUUCAUUGAUAAAUCCACUCCCUAAAACUAAUUUUCAACAAAUCAUACAAGACAAAAAAGAAGCAAUCUACUUUAGUAAUCGUCAAGCACCCUUGGGCAAAUCACAUGACCAAUCUGCUAUGUUACCUGAGGGCUUGGAUAUAAUUAAUACUACUUUUGGAACAAAAGUCGUCCAAGAUGUGUCAGCUGGCGAGCUCAUAAAUCCACCAAAAACUUUUGAGGAAGUGGAUAAAGACUCCAGAGAAGGACAUGAUCUGUAUGUUGUGUCACACAAUGAUUAUUUUGUGGGGGAACCAAAAAAUAGGAAGUAUGACUCACCAAACUUCAGCAAGUUUUUUGUUUACGGAAAAGAAACCCCUCACUUUGAUGAUGGGCGAAAUGUAUCCAAAUCCUUAAAUUGGCUCUGUGAUCUGGAAUCGAAAAAAGCAGCAAAAAUUGUAUCAAAACGAAGUGACGAUUUUAAGGAAAAAUUUCAACCUCAGCUUGGAAAAGUCCUUGAUCCUAUAGCAGAAACUAUGAAUGUUCCCCCAGACCAUACAUUUGGAAUGUUACUCCGUCCAGAUGAAUGUGGAGUUGGUGAUCUUCUUCACUGCCGGGCUCCGUGUGAGUUCCUCCGCGGUAAGGACAGAGAGCGAGCUGUCUUGGCUGCAGUUCGGCAAAGUUUGAAGAAAGCCAACUAUGAGAAUUUUGACAUGUUACUAGAAGCAUUCAGGCAUUAUGAUAAGAAUGGUGAUGGAAUGAUAGACAAGAAUGACCUGCGAAAGUCCUGUUAUCAGUUUAAUCUGAAUCUAGAUGAUGAGCUCCUGGAUUCCUUGUUUGACUAUUGUGAUUUGGAUAAAGAUGGUCUGAUUAAUUAUCUGGAGUUUGCAAAUUUUCUCAACUGGAAAGACAAAAUGGCUGUUAAAGAAUUUGAAGAAAAAAUAAUUACAAAAGGGAAAAAUCUAGGUGCUCCUAUUCUCCCAGAAGACAUGAAUGUCGAGCCACUGCUGAACCAGGAAGAUCUUGAGUUAAAAGAAGCGGGAAGCUCAGAAAAGACACCAAAAACACUUACAAGAUCAACAGAUCAUGUAUUUGCCAAUUAUCAGACAACUUAUUCUCAGUAUAAUGCUGUAGUAGGUGGUCUCCCAACAACCUGUUAUCGAGUAUGUGGUGUUCCAACUAUUCGUUCAGAUAUUCCUGCUCCUCGAAUUCGUCGCGUCAGUGACAGAACAAAUUAUGGUGAUGAGGGAGAUGCUUAUACAUUAUUGUUCCCUUCUGUCUUCAGUGAAAAGGGAGUGUAUGAAAGAGACAUUUUUAAAACAAGACCAAAGGAAGAGAUUGCACAAAUUCUCCGCAACAUUGGCGUGAACAUCUCAGAUGAAAGGUUUGAAGAGAUAUGGAAGGAAGCCUGUUUGAAACAUCAGAAUGAAGAAGUUUGUGUAGAAAGUAUCAGGGGUGUACUGGAUGAGAUAGAUGAAUCACACAUCAAAACCAGUUGUUAA